AUGGCGGCGACAUGCCCUUAUAACUGCAACGGGAUACUACUUGCUCUGCUUUUACCCAUAGUCAUCGCUAGUAUAACAGAAGAGGAUAAAGCGCUAAUACUGAAGUUACAUAAUGAUUUUCGGCAUCAACUGUUGCGCUGCAACGUUACUGGCCAACCUCCGGUGGCUGGUCCUAUGCCCGACCUAAAAUGGCACGACCAACUAGCCGCACAGGCAGAAACUUUGUCAAAAACUUGUGUGUUCCAUCACGGGGGUGAUCCGAACUUCAAGAUUCCGGAAUUCCCAGUUAGUGGGCAAAAUAUCGCAGCCGGCGGUGAUACCCUUAGUGCUACCAGUUUGUGGAUGAAAGAAUAUAAGAACUAUGUAUAUGACACUCAUACCUGUACGGCAUCGAUGUGUGGACAUUACACCCAGGUGGCAUGGGCGGAAACAACACACAUCGGAUGCUCUGUGACCGACUGCUCUAAUGUAAAAUCCUUCGGCUAUAAAAACUUUUACGUUUGUAACUACGGUCCAGCUGGCAACUACGCAGGCGUAAGACCUUACAAAAAGGGCAGGAAAGCAGACUGCCGUUCGAAAGCAUCGGAGAAGACCGCAGCGGCAAUCUUCAGAUCUCCAGUCGCGCUCUGUAUUCUCUUCACUUCCAUUCGUUUUCUGACACUGUGGUGAGGAGCGCGUGUGUGGACACACAUUGCCAGAAGCGAAAUACUACCGGCAACAAUCUAUCAACACUGCUCAGUUAUUCACCUUAGUUUGACUAGCCAUUUAAAUAUCUGUUGUCCUAGGGAUAAAAUCAAUUUAUUUGUACUAACAAACACCGCUUUCUGCACAUGUGUUAUGUCAUAAUAUUCCACCGUUGGAUGCUAUAUUCCAAAUAAACAAC